GGGAGCUGUGCAGCAGGGGGAGGGGUGAGGGGAGACACUCUGAAAAUACGGAUGAAGAAAUACUUGGAGCAGAAAGGGGGACACGAGAGAGACAGAUGCUUAAGUCAUAGUGAGGGGAAAUAGACAGAUCGGAGGACCAGAGGGAGACGAGCUGCUGGAGGAAGCAUCGGCGAUUUUCACAGGCAGCUCUUCUCUGUUGCCAUAACGAUGGGCUGCUGGCUCUCUGGACCAUGGAUGGGUGACCAAAUGAUCAACGGACGGAGUCUAAAACACCUCAGUCAGCGAGAUGCGCUUCGGAUACUGGCAGCCAGUCAGCUUCCUGUCACCAUGCAGGUUAAGACCCAGAGAGGCUGUGGGUCAGAAGCGGAAAGGGGUGGCUGGGAGCCCCUCCCGCUCGACCUCAGACACCUGAACCUGCCUUUGCCAAUGAUGGGGCCAGGACUCAACCUACCCAGUCCCUCCUACCAGGACAGACACUACUAUGCCCAUCUAGCUCUGCCAAAAGACCACUGUGAUGGAGGACAUUAUGGCUACUUGUCCGGUUCUCAAAGAGACACUGUGGACCAGCAGGAUCCAGAAAUGACCAAUCGUCGGCCCAAGGGGCAGAGCUGUCUGAUGGGAUGUUGCAAUGUCAAUGGAGAUGAACCUCAAGGUUUCCAUAGUCAGACGGACGAUGAUGACUUCAUGUUGGAGAAGCCUUUAGGGUAUCUCCCGAUCCACCAUGAGUUGGACAGUGGUCUUGGAUGGACUGAUGGCUCCCUUCAUCAAGGGGACCUUUCAGGGUUAGAGACAGAGGAAGGAGGCCUGGAGGAGUGUCAUUCACACGGGGCACUUGCCCCAGGAGGUUGCGGCGGGUUUGGAGGCGGCUCCCCUUCUUCAGAGUCCUUCAUUUCCUCCGAACUGAGCGACUCUGGCUUCUACAGCGUCAGUACUGGAGAGUUUCGUCAUUUCCAGAGGCUACUUGAGAAACGGAUGCGACUGUACAAUGCCAGGCUACAGCAUCAGGGUGAACCCUGUGAGAGGCGUGAGCGGCGUGACAGCUGCCCAAAGAGCCACCGUGAGUUAUUGGAGGCCAUUCCAGAGACACUGACAAUGCAACCGCAGUGUCCACGACUGCAGCUGGGGAUGGAUGAAGGAGUCAGUCCAGUGAUUGACUGCCCACCUCGUGGCCUGUUCAGGGUAUCGUCAGUCCAGUUCCAUAAAGCAGACCGUCCAUGUCUAAACCGCCACAGCUCCAGCAGUGGUGCCCUCUUUAAUCCUUCCCACGCCCAUACUGCGGUCUCACGAAUGACUGCUCCAGUCCUCUCCACCUGCAGCACCCCUUCCAGCCACAGACGUCCUUUAGUACCUAUGCAGCAGCAUCACCAGAGCUCUGGCUCUGUGGGUAUGCUCAGGAGAAGUCGCACACUGCAUCACCGCCCUCCACCGCAUGAGAAUCGCCGCCGAGCCAGCCACCCGGCUUCACCUUCCUAUUGCUCUGCAACCCUCCACCAUUGUGGAGGACUCACGCCGCACUCGCUUCUUCAACCAGGCCUGCCGGAGGAAAGGGAACUUCUCAAUGACGUAAUGUCAAAUCCAGCUGCUCUAAACGUCCCGUCCCAACAACAUCCCAAUAAUCUGGGACUUAUGAGGAAUGCUAUAUCUCAAGAACGAUUUUUUGACAGCAGUCCAAGCGGGCAACUUGGUCAGCAUGACUGGUGGCACUCUCAGCAAAUGAAUCUGGUCCCUGAACAUCUGGUCCAAGAAAGAGAAAUCGAGAGGGAACUGGAACAACAGAGGCAAAUGCAAACGGAGAAGGAGAUGGAGAGAGAAGCCCAGAUGCAGGUGGAAAUGGAGAGAGAACGACAGCAAGAAUUGGACAGGAAGAUAGUCAGAGACAAGCAGCACCUCCAGAGUUUAAUGGAUCUUCCUCAGCAGGGGGAUGUCAAUGACACUUGGCCCAAACCAGCCAGCCGACAAUCGCAGGUCUGUGGAACAGGCAAAGGUCCAUACAGCACCUUGGAAGGGCACAUUGGCACCGGUGCUAAUGCUGGGUUGGAUGUAAAGAAAGGACAGAUGAAUCCAAAUCCAAUCUCUAGUAUGCAGCCAAAACCGAAUCCCAACUCCAAACCCAAUCCAUCCUUCAGGGUGUCCAGGAGCCAACUUCUGAGAGAUCGCGCAUCACAACUGGCCGACGAGCGCAGUGGUGGGAUGAGCACGGAUGAGGAAACCAACACUGAUUUGCUGAUGGGGAGAUACUGGAGCCGAACCGAGAGGAGGGAACACUUUCUUUUGGCGCGAGAGCAACGGCAGCAGCAGGCCAGAGGUGGGUCAAUCAGAGAGGCCAACAGGGCAGGAGGGGUCACGACAAGGGCCUCUGGCUGCGAUAAAGAAAAUCGGGACACUCGAGUCGGCAGCUCUUUUCAAGACAGCCGCUGCAAUACGGUCCUGGAGCUAAGUCAGAGAAAACUGAGUCGUCUGAGGAAUCGGAAGAUGUUGGAUGACUGGACGACAGUGGAGGAGCUGCUCACUCACGGGACCAGACUGGACAGCCACGAGAACCUGCUGUGCCCCAGCUCCCUGCUCACUGUCACCACAGUAUAACUGCAUGGACCCUUGUUAGUGUUUAUGAGCAUGAGUGAUGCUGAACUUACAUUUCUACAUCAAAGUUUUUCAUCUUUUGCUCGGCCUUCAUCAGUCCACUGAGACUGUUCAAAUUAGGUUUUCGUGUGCAAUAAGUGGAGACUGUUUCAUUUGGAAAUCUUUUCAACCAAGUAUUUGUCCUUGGAUUGAUCUAAAACGUGAUCAGAAUUGAUCUUCACAGCUAAAAUGUAUACAUACGGGCUUCCACCCUAAAUAUAUCUUACACGUUGGUGGGAAAAAAAACCAGCCACAAAUCCUUAAACAUUUGUAUGAACCCAUAUUUUCCAUUUGACCGAGUUUCAAUCAGAGCAAAUGAAGAGUAAAAAGGUUCGGCUGCUCCUAGAACUGUGAGUGUGUGAGCGAUGGGACUUCAUUGUCAUCACUGUUCAUCACCUCAAUUUAUAGCUUUAUGUGUGUACAGCACUCUGGACAAAGUGUUAGUGCAUGAUACUUUUUGGACACAACUCAACGUGUGCUUCAUGCUGCUUUUAGUUUAUAUAAGAUUUGAUACAAAUUCAAAAGCACUGUUUUGUGUGAUGUACGCUUUACCAUCAGGUCCACUGAACACGGUAACAGUAGUGAAUCAGACCACAGCAACAAAAGCUUUCAAGAAAAACUUCUUCAAAGAACCUGGUGGGCAGAAGCAGGAGGCAAAGCCAGAAGAAGGAUAUUGAUGGAACUGGCUGUGAAAUGAAACAAGACGGGCAGAGUUGAGCAAACAACACCUACCGCAUUGUUUGUUGUCGUCCACAUUAGCGAUGAGGUUUCAUGACCCAGUGUUGAAGGGUUGAUGAGGUUUCAUGAAACGAGUGCAGAUUUCCAGAGGCAGCCAGAUGGCACUGUCUGCAGUAAAAUGUUUGGAGUUGAACUAAUUCAAUGAAACCUCACAUCAAUUAUAAUCUCACUGUUUCAGCAAUCUCAUCUACCCAUCACUAUUAUACAUGUAGCGCCUCAGAAAACUAUUUCCGUGAGGUGGAUUAGCCAAAAAGUAACUCAAUGUAUUCACAAAGAAAAUCAAAUGAACUUGAAAACAUGAUUUAAACAAGAUUUAAAGACAGUAAAAUAAUAUAUAUAUAGACAGGGCAUCAAACCAGACAGGGCAUGGAGUAUACAUAUAUAUAUAUAUAUAUAUAUAUAUAUAUAUAUAUAUAUAUAUAUAUAUAUAUAUAUAUAUAUACACAGUGGUACCUCGGUUCUCGACCACAAUCCGUUCCAGACGGCCGUUUGAGAAGCGAUUUGUUCGAAAUCUGAAUUGAUUUUUUUCCCCAUUACAAUGAAUGGAAAAAGAAAUAAUGCGUUCCAAGCCUUAAAACAGGCUUUUGUAGGAGUGAAUGUAGAGUGUCUGCUGCAGGUGCGCUGUUCCUCUAUGUGUGUGGCCGCUGCAUGUGGGAGGGGUUGCCGAGUGAGUGACGUCUCUCCAGAAGUGAAGAGGUGCCCGGUGCGUGUCCAGCUCUGAAUGUGAGCUUCUGUGCAGUUUGGCACCUCCCACCUCUACCACGGUCCAGUGCAGAGACAGGAAAGGUUUUACAUCUCAAUAUGAAGAAAAAACAGUCAGUAAAUGUACCUAACAGGACACGUCUGCAUACAGAAAUUUUUGUUCGAAUUACAUUUUGUUCGAAUUCCGAGACGUUCGAAAACCGAGGCACCACUGUAUAUAUAUAUAUAUAUAUAUUACAAAA